AUGCGACUGGAAAUAAAAGUACUGCUUACGGCAGUUGUGUGCAGUUGUGGAUUAGUGGCAGGAAACGAUUUUCCGCAAGCAUUGGUUAAUUGGAUUGGUCCGGACGCAUUACUGCUGCGGUUGGAUAAGCUGCUUGAUGCGUGUAUCGCCAAUUAUGAGUUUCUAACUACAGACCUACUGUUAGGCGUGGCGAUUGCAAACGGUCAAGUAAAAUCUAUUCUAUCCAAUUCGAAAGUAGCCAAUCGUCCGUUUAUAGAGACACUUCAAAAGAAGUGUGAUUUCGUGGAAAGUCGUAUCGACAGUAUUUUCUCGUUUCCAAGUGAAGCAAAUGCCAUUGUCAGCAAAGUACUGAUAAACUCGGACUUUUGGCAAAACUCCGUCAACACAGAUAGCAAAACUCUAGAAUACCGCAUUAAAUCAGACCGCUACCGCCUCAGAGCUCGAAGACACCACACUUUACGUGACUAUCUACUUACUAUAGAUGACGGAUCGCCAACCGAGCUGCAAUCAGAUCAAUGCUUAUCGGAGUUGCUGGUGAAUAGUUCGGAAAACGAAUUUAACUCUACCCUGGCGCAUGGCAAGCAGCUUCUCCUGAGCCCGGAAUGCGCAAUAGCAAUGUCGGUACGGAGUAAAUCCUACGGAUAUCGGCUGACCCAUAAAGUCUUAUUCUACAUUGUCUUAAGCCGGCAGCAGUUUUCCAACGUAGAGGAGAGCUUCGUGCAGGAUGCCAACGAUAGGCUAUGCGGUCAAAUUUUACGCGAAGCUCGGCUAAUCGAAGUAUCCGGAUAUCCGGAUGUGCUGCGAGAUUUAUUCAUGGAGCAGAUCUUUCUGUGUGCCCUCGCUGGGUACGAUGAAUUUCGGUCUCCAAAAUGGUUGACAGAGAUUGUAAGCUGGCAAAAUCAGGCUGGAUGUUUCAAGAGCUACGAUUUAGACCUAGAUGUGGGCUCGAAUCAACUGAGCGCGAAUUGUUCAUCCCAUAUGACCGGCGUCGGUGCGGCUGUUCUUGGUUUAUUCGCUAGGCUACAGUUGAUGAUUUGA